GGAUUGUUGGAAGAAAAGAAGGAAAAAAAAGAAAUUCUCAAACCCAACAGAAGAAGAAAAACGAAAAAGAGAUCACAAAAAUCCCCAAAAGGGGACUCAAACAAUGCAAUCAUCGAGCCUGAAGAUUUUCACAGAUUUCAACCCAAGAGCUCAAAGAUCAUGGCCUUGUAGAAGAAACGGUAGAGCCGUAGGGAAGAUACUCAGAAUCUCUGCAUGCUUUCCUUCUGCUUCUUCGGAGAGGAAUGGAGAUGAGAAUGGAAGCCUGAAGCCGGCGUUGUCGACGAGCUCUUUUCUUUCUCGAAGCCAGACCUACGCUCUCCUGAAGCAGCAGAUGGCUGUUGCAGCUAAAUUCGAGGAUUACAAAGAAGCUGCAAGAAUCCGGGAUUCGUUGAGGUCAUUUGAGGAGGAGGAGCCAGUGUUACGCCUUAAGAGUUUGAUGAAGAAGGCAAUUGAUGAAGAGAGGUUUGAGGAUGCUGCUGGGUAUAGAGAUGAGCUACUGGCUGUGGCACCACACUCACUCCUCAAAUGUUCAAGCGACGCUACGACCCUGGGGAUCCGGGUGCAAGUUAGGAGUGUCUACAUCGAAGGCCGGAGCCAGCCUUCGAAAGGGCAGUACUUUUUCGCGUAUCGGAUAAGAAUCACCAAUAACUCGGAGCGGCCUGUUCAACUCCUAAGAAGGCAUUGGAUAAUCACUGAUGCCAAUGGCAAAACUGAGAACGUCUGGGGAGUUGGUGUAAUAGGUGAACAACCAGUUAUACUGCCGAGGACUGGUUUUGAGUACUCGUCUGCAUGCCCUUUAGGCACUCCUAAUGGGAGGAUGGAGGGUGACUUUGAAAUGAAGCACAUCGACAGGAUAGGCUCUUCAACUUUUAAUGUGGCCAUUGCUCCUUUCUCCCUCUCCAUCAUAGGUGAUGAUACUGACUCUGAUCCCAUCCAGACAUAGAAAUAGAGAGAGAGAGAGAGAGAGAGAGAGAGAGAGAGAGAGAGAGUAAUGGCAGAAGGGCCAUUGCCAUUGAAAUCAUUAGCCCCACCCCUUUUGUGCUGUACCCAUUUAUAUUUAUUUUCACUUUUCUUUUGUUGGGGGUGAUGUUGUAUAUCUAUUUCUAUGUUGUUGAUUCACUCAUGUUAUAUUUCCCUAAUUAUUAAUUUCAAUUCACACAUGUUAUUCACGACGUUCAAA